AUGUCUCAAGUAGGCUCCGCGAAGAAGCGGAAAGACGCCAAUAUUCCCAUCAAGGCGAAAGAUGCUUCCGCAACUGGUAUUGCAGCCCCUCGCGACGCCGAUCUCGAUGCUUUAGUCAGGGCGAAUAAGAGCAAAAAGGGGGCCGUUGAAUGGGAUUAUCGGAUCGCCAUCUCAAUCAUAACGGUGCUGGCAUUUAUCACUCGAUUUUGGGGUAUCAGCCAUCCCAAUGAAGUUGUCUUUGACGAGGUCCAUUUCGGCAAGUUCGCUUCAUACUACCUCGAACGAACCUACUUUUUCGAUGUCCAUCCUCCUUUCGGAAAACUACUUUUCGCCCUAAUGGGUUGGUUCGUGGGAUACGAUGGAAAGUUCCACUUCGAGAACAUUGGCGAUUCCUAUAUCGAUAAUAAGGUCCCAUAUGUGGCUUACCGUGCAAUGCCCGCUCUUUUGGGUGCUUUGACUGUCCCGACAGUGUUCGCCAUCAUGUGGGAGUCCGGAUACACUCUUCCCGCCUGCAUUCUGUCGGCUUCUUUGAUCCUCUUCGAUAACGCACACAUUGGACAGACUCGUCUGAUCCUGCUAGAUGCUACGCUUGUAUUUGCCAUGGCAUGCAGUCUGUUGUGUUAUAUUAAGUUUUACAAGCUCAGACACCAGCCUUUCGGACGAAAAUGGUGGAAAUGGCUUCUGUUGACCGGAUUCGCCCUUAGCUGCGUCAUCUCCACGAAAUACGUCGGUCUGUUUGCCUUUGUUACGAUUGGAUCUGCAGUUGCAAUUGAUCUCUGGGAUCUCUUGGAUGUCAACCGUCGCCAAGGCCCUAUGAGCCUUCCAGAGUUUGGGAGACAUUUUUUCGCUCGGGCAAUUGCUUUGAUCAUUGUUCCCUUUCUUUUCUACCUCUUUUGGUUCCAGGUCCAUUUCGCGAUCCUGACACGUUCCGGACCUGGUGACGAUUUCAUGACUCCUGAGUUCCAGGAGACGCUUAGCGACAAUUUGAUGACCGCCAAUGCCGUAACUAUCGAUUAUUAUGACAACAUCCAGAUCAAGCACAAGGAAACCUCGGGCUUCCUUCACAGCCACCCCGAUAAAUACCCCUUGAGAUAUGAUGAUGGCCGAGUUUCCAGUCAAGGUCAACAAGUCACGGGUUAUCCAUAUGCCGAUGCCAACAAUCAUUGGCAAAUUAUUCCCGCUGUCAGCGAUGAUGUUCUGGGACACCAUGUCAAGAAUUUCGACCUCGUCAGACUGAGACAUGUGGUCACCAACACCAUGCUUCUCUCGCACGAUGUUGCUUCUCCGUUUUAUCCAACGAAUCAGGAAUUCACCACUGUGCCAAUGGAAGAUGCUUUAGGAGAUCGUCUCAACGAUACUUUGUUCGAGAUCCGAAUUGAGAACGGCAGGGUGGGACAGGAAUUCAAGAGUCUUUCAGGCCAAUUCAAAUUGAUCCACAACCCAAGCAAGGUUGCCAUGUGGACACACACCACCCCACUCCCGGAUUGGGCAUACAAACAACAGGAAAUCAACGGAAACAAGAAUCUUGCGCAAAGUUCCAACAUCUGGUAUGUUGAUGACAUCCCAUCCAUCCCGAAGGACAGCGAGCGGUUGGUCAAGACAGAGCGCAAAGUCAAGAGUGUGCCCUUUCUCAAAAAGUGGUUCGAGUUGCAGCGAGCCAUGUUCUACCACAACAAUGCUUUGACGAGCAGCCAUCCGUAUGCCAGUGAGCCUUUCAUUUGGCCAUUUUUGCUCCGUGGUGUCAGCUUCUGGACCCAGAAUGAUACUCGUCAGCAAAUUUACUUCCUCGGAAAUCCUAUUGGAUGGUGGCUUGCAAGCAGUCUUUUGGCUGUGUAUGCUGGUAUUAUUGCUGCAGAUCAAUUGUCUCUUCGCCGUGGUGUUGAUGCGUUGGACGAGCGUUCUCGAUCACGACUCUAUAACUCGACCGGUUUCUUUUUCCUUGCAUGGGCAAUGCACUACCUUCCAUUUUACCUGAUGGGUCGUCAACUGUUCUUGCAUCAUUAUUUGCCUGCUCAUUUGGCUUCAGCUCUAGUCACGGGCGCUUUGCUUGAAUUUAUAUUCAAUGUGGAGCCUAUCCUCGACGAUGCUUCGAUGGUCAAAGGGAGCAAGAAGGCUCCCAAGAAGCACCUACCGGCACGUGAGAAGUUGGCUGGUCAAAACCUAUUGACCUCAUGGGCGGCAGCAGGUUUGAUUAUUACCGUCGUCAUUGGUGGAUGGUACUUUUUCUUGCCCUUGACUUACGGUUACCCGGGUCUCUCGGUUGACGAAGUCCAGUCGAGAAAGUGGCUCGGCUAUGACCUCCACUUUGCGAAAUAG